AUGGGCAAUGCAUAUCCUAAGGUAUUGGCUUGUAUUGACACUGAACAAGAACUUGUUCGACGUGUUCGUUCAUGGAUCGAUCUUAAAUAUCAAACCUAUUUUUAUACGUGUAACAAUGGUGAUCUUUCCAAACAAUUAUCCCGUUCCACAGCUCUUUUUCUUGCUAAUUAUGUUUUAGCAAAGUAUGUAGAAUUUGAAAUAUAUGAUGAAAGCAAGCAGGACAUGUUACAAUUGUGUCGUGAACACUACAGUCGAAAUCAAUUAGAAUUAAAUAAUAUUAAAGAAUUUGAGUUAACCUAUACAGCAUCAGAUGCAAUUAUGUGGUAUACACGUGCUUCAUUCGUUUACAAAAUGAUCAAUCGAGCUUUACGAACAUUUGACGAAAUUAAAUUGCGUACUAUGGCCUUCUUUAUUCGAGAUUUACGGCAACAACUAAAAAAUUACUAUCAAACAGCUGAGAUCAAUGCUGUUCUCAAUGAAUUUCACUCAAUUUUUUAUAUUUCUCCAACAUUACCUUCAAAUAUGCACAAUAAUCCACGAAUACGUUUUUAUCCUGCAAAUUUAUUACCAAAAGCCCAAGAUACAAUGGGUUCUAUGGAAAAAACAAUCGAAAAAUUGACAGGUAAACUUGGUCAUGAUCUUGCCAAACUCUAUCGACAAGAAGCCGAACGUGCGUUGAAUGAACAAGAUGAUCGUAUUACCUCUAAACAAUUGUUUGCUAAAUCAGCCAAGUGUUAUGAAAUAUUGGCGAACGAAACACAAGAAAAGGUAAAGCGGUAUGAGGCUACAAAAAUACCUUAA